GGUACAUCUGGGUGGGGUGAGUAGUAGCUUAGCCUAGCCAGGUGGCUGCAGUUAACAACUACAACCAGUAGAUUCUAGAACACAAAAAUAUACACUAUACUCCAUCGAUGUUUACCACUCUCUCUAUCCAUUUUUUCCCCUAGAUCUUCUCUCUCCGAGCAUUAAUGAUCCAAACACCGAACUCCAAAAAAAGAGCGCCAAAAAUUUCAUUUGGGUUUUUGUAAAUUCGUCGUUCGCUCCACACCUGUAAGUCUUUGUGCAGGGAUUCGCAAGCAUGCAGUCAAAUUCUAGAAGUGCUAGUCGAAUAGAAGCUAAUCCAUACAGUAUUUCUCCAUCAACAGGUUGUUCAGAACCUUGGUGGCGAAGUUCGGGUACUAGUUCCAUCCCCCCUGCUGUGAUAGGGCGAAACACAGCUAAUUCUUCAAUGGAGCAAUCUAAAGAUUGUCCUUCACUAUCUGAUGAGGAAAAUGAUGGACAAGAUCAUCAGGAUUUCCAGCAUCGAGCGUCAGCCGUGCCUCGGAGUAAUGGAAACCAUGCACAGCCUCAGCAGUUUGAACUUGUUGGACACUCAAUUGCUUGUACAGUAAAUCCAUAUCAGGAUCCAUAUUAUGGGGGAAUGAUGGCAGCUUAUGGUCCUCAGCCUGUGGUGCCACCUCAUUUACUUGAUAUGCAUCAUGCGAGAAUGCCUUUGCCCUUUGAAAUGGCACAAGAGCCUGUUUAUGUGAACGCAAAGCAAUAUCAUGGGAUUUUGAGGCGAAGGCAAUCACGUGCUAAAGAGGAGCUUGAAAGGAAGCUUAUAAAAGCUCGAAAGCCAUAUCUUCACGAAUCCCGACACCAGCAUGCUAUGAGGAGGGCAAGGGCGUCUGGAGGUCGUUUUGCCAAAAAAACUGACUCUGCUAUCUCACCUAACUCCGCCAGUUCAUCGGGUUCUGAACGUUUGCACCACGAUGCUCCUGAAACCCAGAAUAGUCAUCAGGAAGCAAAAGGACCUACAUUCAGUGGGUUCUGAAUCUUCGGAAAGGGGACUUGCCAACUAUUAUGAAGAAUUUGUCUCACGUAAACGGAAGGAGGUGAAACUGUUUGUGACCCGGGUAUUUCCGUGGCAAAUCAUUCUUGGCUAUUUAAUGGUUGUCGAGUGCCGAAUUAUUCUUGGCUUCACUUGUGGUCGGGUAGAACUACGAUAGAGGGAAAGAGGUUUGUUUGUGUUUUGUACAAAUUAAAGGAGUUCGCGUCGGAUCAUAAUUUGAACGGAAGUCUGUGGGAGUAGAGGUAUUUUUUUUGCGACCUGAUUACAAACCCGCUUAAACAAAUGAGCAAAACCCGAAUCCACAUAUUGUGGGGAGGUUUGUGUGGGUUUGCGGGUUUGGGUUUAAUUUGCUACCGAUAGUACUACGGUGUCGGAAAUUAAACCUUUCUCUGGGGAAUAAGGUUGGUUUAACAAAAGGAAGACUUGUUUCUACU